AUGAACUUGAAUUUUGUGGCUGCCAAUAUAGAUCGCCACGAGGGUUAUGUUUUGGGCAAGUGUUUGGAACGUUAUGGUGGAGCCUCUUACGAAAAUGCUGAACGCCUAAAACGUUUUAAAGAUUGGUCGAUUAACUACGAAGAAUUGCCCUGCUUCACCAACUGCUAUCUCGAAAACAUGUUCGACUUCUACACCGAAACGGAAGGCUUCAUUGAGGAUAAAGUUAUCAGCAAAUUUGGUGCCUCCGUCUAUGAAGUGUGUAAACCCAAAUUGUCCGAGGGCAAGGAUAAGUGUGAAAUUGCCUACAAAGGUUUCCAUUGUAUGGUCAAUCUGGAAAAUGAUCCGUUCGUUGUAAUCGAUGGCAUGGACAACAUCGAUAUGGAUGCCAAACUGGCCAUGAAAGAUUGUCUGCACAAAUUCGAUCAAUCGGAAUGGCAGUCGUUCGGUGACUACAGCCGUUUCCCCGUCAAAGAGCCCAUCCCCUGCUACUCGCGGUGUUUUUUGGAAAAAUUGCAAUUAUUUAAUCAUCGCUUGCAUCAAUGGGAUAUUCGAGGUUUGAAUACAAAAUUAAAUAUAUCUGUGGAGAAUGCAAAUACAGCGGCCUGUGAAGCAAUGGCUAUGAAACGUAAUCGUAAUAUUUGUGCAUGGAUGUAUAAGGAAUUUACAUGUUAUGCCAUGGCUAGUGCGGCCAAAGAGAAUUGAA